AUGUCGAAAACAAUUCAAAUAUCGUCCCCUGGACAGUUCUCCGGACUUCUCAAAUCGUCUAAGAUUGUGGUCACAAAUUUUUUCUCAAACUCUAGUGCAGCAUGCAAACAGAUUGCCCCGAUAUAUGAGCAGCUCUCCGGUCACUUUUCGCGCCCGAAUCGCAUCACUUUCGUCAAAGUUAAUGUCGAGACCCAAAAGGAAAUCGCUGCAAACCACGCAGUUACCUCUCCGCCCACCUUCAUUAUUUUCAAUGGAGGGAAGAAAGUGGAAGAGGUCAAGGGGACAGACUUGGGGAAAAUGAAGGACGUUGUGAAGAAGCUCGCUGAGGAAGCAGAUGGGGGAUCUUCUGGAUUUGGAGAAGCCAGUAGCUCAGGGUGGCGUACGGCAAGCUUGCCAAGGGGGUAUGGUGAUAUAUCUGAUCAGGUAGAUGUGAAAGGACUAGAACUACUGAAUUCCGACAAAGAAAUGGGAGGCGUCAGAGUAUUGGUCGAUGACAGCAAGCCGUCUGGAUUACAAAAGGGAAAGGCGACGGGAAACCAGGCAAAAGACUGGGUAGAAAGCGAUACAGAUGAGCAGCUUAUGAUGUACAUUCCGUUCCAAGCUACACUCAAGAUACACACGUUGCAGAUCACCUCUUUACCGCCAGCUGCUGCUGAUGAUGACGAUGACGAAGUCCCUAUGCGACCAAAAACAAUCAAACUCUACACCAACCGACCACAUAUUCUAGGAUUUGACGAGGCCGAUGACGUUCCAGCUACUCAGACCAUUGAAAUAUCCUCGAGUGAUUGGGAUAGCACCGGUACCGCUACUAUCCCUCUUCGAUUUGUUAAGUUCCAAAAUGUUACGAGCUUAGUACUUUACGUCGUGGAUGGCGAUGGAGAGGGUGAGCGGUGCCGUCUUGAUCGAUUAAGAGUGAUUGGAGAAACGGGAGAGAAGAGAGAAUUGGGCAAACUGGAAAAGAUUGGCGACGAGCAAGGAGAGUAG